GCGCCUGCAGACGCAUUUCUCUCCAGAGCACCCUCCCCUCCUGCACCACCUCCCUCUUUCACUCCCUCCAUCUCUCUCCUCUGCACCCUUGCCUGUACGGACACAGUAUUGUCAACAAAGCUGGAGAACAAGGUACGAGGGGGAAUCGGGGAGUAUAGAGGUAUACACGGGACGCCCCGCCAUCAUCUCGCAUUGACACUCAUUGACGAAGAGUUGUCGUAUCGGAAGGACGGCGCGAGGAGCCCAAAGUGACAGUAAACAGGGCAAGAGCACGCACACACGGCAGGACUGCUGCUUUGCUCUUCAUGGUGGUUGGGACACUUGUAGUAUGUAUGAGAAGUUAACCAUGCUCAACCUGCAGAGUGGCUCUAACUGGAGUGGGCCCAACAACUGGUACCAUGACCCCACUGGUGUACAGACUCAACACAGCACAGUGUCUGAAGGUUGCUUGCUGGACACAGAGGGCGGCAUGGGAGGUGAAGCAGUAGGAGGAGGAGGAGGCCCAGGCCGAGGGGGAGGUGUACCCGUUGAGAGAGACGAGGGCGAGGAGUCUCAAUUGAGGCUGCAGCUCAAGAGGAAGCUGCAGAGGAACCGAACCAGCUUCACGCAAGAGCAGAUCGAGGCGCUGGAGAAAGACUUUAUCUGCUCCACAGAGUUUGAAAGGACGCAUUACCCAGAUGUCUUUGCAAGGGAGAGACUGGCCAAUAAGAUUGAUCUCCCUGAGGCCAGGAUACAGGUGUGGUUCUCCAACCGGAGAGCCAAGUGGAGGCGGGAGGAGAAACUGCGCAACCAAAGGAGGUCAGGAGGUGUGACUUCCUGUUCUCAGAGCCAAGCACCCCUGACCACUUCCUUCAACACAUCUGUCUAUCAUCAGCAACACGGCAGCAGUUCAGGGUCCAUGUUGAGUCAGGCUGAGUCGUCGCUGCCCAGCUACAGCUCGCUGUCAGUCUUCUCUUCUGGAGUCCAGUCCAUCCCUCCGCAGUCGACCUCCUCCUAUUCCUGCAUGUUGCCGCCAUCUCCAUCUGCCCCGCGCAGCUUUGACUCCUCAGCAUACGCCUCCCCUCACCUGCAGACCCCACCCUCAGCCAACCCCAACACUGGCCUCAUAUCACCCGGCGUCUCGGUGCCGGUCCAGGUUCCAGGAACUGAGCAGCAGGGCAUGACCCAGAACCUGGGCCAGUACUGGGCCAGAUUACAGUGAACUACCACCAGUUUAAUAGAAGAACAUAAAAAAACACAGAAGUGAGCUUUUGUGGAUCCAGGAGCAGCUUUGGUUCUACUUGACAGUACGCUACCGGCAUUGGCUUAGUAUUUGCUUAGCCAGUAGACAUAGUUUAGGAUUAGGUUGAAACAGGGUGGACUACUUUACUGAAGGAUGCAGUUCUACUCAGUAAAUGCCAGCAUAUGUCCGCAGUAUAUUGUGAAGUGGAACCACAGUUCCUUGUUACAAAUGCAGCAAAAAGCUGUGCACAAUAUUCCACUUACUUCAAAAGUCUGCACUUUGUAGACUUAAAUCUGCUAAUCCAUUCAUCGAAAAACGAACCUUAUGGCUAAACAUGUCAAUAUAAACUCCGACAGGGUUUUCUAUACCAAAACAAAUCAGGUAAAUCAACAUAUUAAGAGGAAGAAAAGACAUUUUUUUUAUAUCACUAGUGUGAGCUGCUGACAAUCAUCUCUGCCUGCAUGCACUACAGGCUGACAAUCAAAGCAGGACGGAGAAGAAAUACUGUGAAAUUGUACUGCAACACCGCCAUGGCAACAUCAUAAAAACCAUGCAUGUGCAAACUAAACCACAAGACAAUCAGAAACUUUGUUGUACAAAGAAAUGGCUGCUCACAAUCCUCUGUCAAUGCAACCAUUUGUCUUUUCAAUGCUAUUUAUUUGUCUUUACACUUCACAGGUCCUCAACGUAUUGUUUCUUUUGCUGUGUGUGUGUGUGUGUGUGUGUGUGCGUGUGUGUGUGUAUGCGUGUGUCGUCUUAGUAUACUGUGUAGCUGCCAAGAGUCAACCCUUUUGUGAAGGCCUUGGAACCCUUUAACGAAAAUAAAACUGUACGUCAUCCAUAUGAAUAAUCAACCCUCUUCAUUUGGGACUUUACGUUUAAUGCGGCCAUGAU